AGAUGGCCAAUAGGUAGUUUAUUAUCUCACAGUUCAGAAACUAGUGGCUCUAAAGAGUAAAAAGACGACAUCAUACACUCUCAUGACAUUCUCCUUGGAUACUAUUAAAGAAACAAGACAAAUGAAAUCAUGAUAAUAAUAAUCUAUACAGAGUCAGCUCACAGGCCAAACCACACCACAUAUUAUAUUUAGAUCAAAAGGUGACAAGGGAUGCUCUUUAUUUUUGGAAUCUGUCACAAUGACAGCUGUCUUGACACAACUGCCAUGGAAUUUUUGGCAAUUUUACGGCACCGCAUGCACCUAGAUGCCCCUAUAUUAAUAGAUGAUAGUACAAACACAUUGCUGAACAAGUUUAAAGGCUGUUUCAAUAAUUUCAGGAUGAAGUCAGAAACACUUUGUGACCACCACAGUCACCAGAUUGAAGCAUCUGUGAAGCCUUUCAUCUUUCACACAACUGUCUGUUUCCCGUGUGUGUGUGUGUGUGUGUGUGUGUUGGUACAGUUCCUUAUUAGUUUCUUAAUAUACAAUACAUUCAGCAUAUAAACAGCUUUACAGUCUGUUGAAAUUUUCAUACAAAAUUGAAGUUAUAGGUUUUUAGAGGCUCUUUUAUCCAGUUAGUCACAUAGUUUAAGUGACCAGUAGAAACCUCUAUAGGAAGUACUUUAAUUCAGUGGAAUGGAACAGUCCUCUGUGUGUUGAGGCUGUAUUGUUGGUGCUGCAUUGGAUCGGGUUGGACUGGGACUAAAAAAAAGGUGUUUCUGAUAUUUUGUCCAACCUGUUUUACUUGAAAGGGGGUGGAUUUGAACCAUAUUGGACCUAAUUAGUCUAAAAUUGUGUAUGUGUGAUGCCUAUUUUUUUUCAGCAUGAUAAUGUGUUUGGCAAAAAGUCUGACUGGAGCAGAGGAUGUCAUGUGACCUUCAGACCUCGUUUUGGUCACUACAGCCAAAUAGCCACACAGCCCCCAGCUCCUGGGAGGAGGAUCCAACAGGAGAGCCUGAGGCCUCCUCUGCUUCCACACGACCUGCGGCCUUCUCCGGCUCCACAUAGCCUGCAGCCUUCUCUGUGUCCACCCAGCCUGCUGCCCUUUCUGUUAAACCCGCUGGCACCACUCCUGCAUGAAGGACAGCUGGUUGUGGAUGAGCCCAACAGUCCUGUACAGCUUAACCUGCCCCCUAGCACUGCAGGAUUGGCAAGGACAAAGUGGCGGGCUGAAGCUGUCACUGCUGCCCUACAGGCUAUCAAGCCAAAGCCAUCAACCCAGAAGCAGCUUUUUCCACAGCCUCCUGCUUCUGGUCCUGUUUGUCUUCCCCCAAGCAACCUCUGCCUGUCCUCAAGCCCCAACCACUUUCACUUCGAUUGCUGUUCUGUAUACCAUGAUGCAUACCAUUUAUACUUUUUCACAUUUUACACAUUUUGUAGAAUGUAUGAGUUUGUUGUCUUGUUGUUGAGGCUCUCUCUUUCCUAA